AUGCGUUCUCCUAUGCCCGUCCGACUACUCGCCUUGGUUUAUGUAUUUCACGUGUUGAAGGUCUCCCGGGGAGGAACUCUCAAGCUCGAUGUGAAGUACGGAUAUAUGCCUAGAUUUGGCUUCGGAUUGUUUCAUACUCUGGUCGAUUCGAAUGGCCAGGAGCUACAGGCUCACGUUGACACUGGGGCGGGCUCCUUCUUUCUCAUCUGGAAGAAUUGGUUUGAGAAAGCCAGUGGAAGUCUCUGCAGUGAUUGGGCCAUGGGGUGUUACAAAUGUUCGGAGCCUUGCUCUGUGGGUAAAGUGACGAGAACUUGUACUUACGCGGAUGGAUACACGGUGAAAAUUUUUCAGCAUAAAGCAAAAUUGACGGUGGGUCGGGUGUCGCCGAUUCUCACUUUCGGGCUCAUAUUCGACCAAAAUUCUCCUUUUAGUAAAGACGUUCCGAUUAACUCGAUGGGUCUUGGCUAUGAUCAAGGUGAUGUGAACUUCCCGUCUCUGAUGAAGCAGUUGCUAUCAUCAAAAAUUGUAACGACGGGUAUCUUUGCUCUCUACUUGUAUCCUCCCGCUGAUCCCUCAAAGCAAACCGUUGAUGGAGGCCUACUCCUGGGUGGAGGCGAUCCUGCAUUAUAUGAAGGGGGACUGAAGUACAUCGACUUCUCUAAGGAGAAAUAUUACAUGGUAAAUAUUGACAAGCUACAAGUCGGCGAUGGACGUAUAACUCUUGGAAUCAAUAUGAACUUGUGCCUCGACACCGGCUCCAAUAAUCUAUUCGUCCCAAAAUUAUACUAUGACGGCCUCAUUGAGGAUAUUAAAGCUCAAACUGACAAGGCUGCGGGUACGCAUGUCGACUUCAAGCUCAGUAGGGCAAGGAAAUGGUACUUCCCUUGCCAAUACAUGAGUAAGUUGCCACUGUUGAGGUUCGACUUGGGCCCUAAGGGCAUAACUCCAUUCACGGCGACAUACAAGAUUUAUGCCAGGAAUGUAUCUAAUGUUUGUUCACUCCUGAUCUCGGAGUCCCAACGGAAUAUUUCGUUUUUCUUCGAUCGUAUGCUUAUUGAUCAUUAUUUCGAGUUCGACCCUGCUUCCAAACGAGUCGGAAUCGGGAAGUUGAAAUCGCGAUCUCCGUGA